GUUUUGUGCUCUUCGUAUUCUUACUACUGUACAGCGAUUUCCUUCUCUUGCAAUCGGUAAGCACCAAAAACUCCCGUUCUUCCUCCAGGUAAAUUCCCCAGUUUCUGCAAACGCCAAGGUUGUAGGAAGGGACAUUUAUUUCAUGAACCGCAAGCGACAUAUCUUCGGUAUUGAAUGCCGAAAAAGCGCCCUAGCUGGUGACAAUGGUGCCAUCUCUCUGAUCAUCUUGUUCUCAAAAUGAUACGUACCCUGCCUGGUAAACCUAUCUUCUUGACAGUAUUAUACGUAUAUUGGUCCCAUUACUCCGUCCAUCCUCGACGAUGAGGACGCGGCGCCGGCUUCGAUACUCGUGAAUUAUUUUUAGGGCAGGCACAGCAGCAACUUUCAUAGUAGUGGCCUUUCUGCGCACGGACGCUGCCUGCAAGUCUGAAAGUAAUACAUGUACGUAGGGCACAGGACACUUAAAAACUGUCCCCCUCUUCGAUACAUUUCAGAGCGGCUGAAAUUUUUAGUAUGCAGCCACCCCCAAACCAGCUCCCAGACUCGCCAUCAGCAGCCCAUCUUCCUUCCUUCUUCAGUUCCUUCAGCAAAACCUGCAGCUCUCAGUCUAGGGAACUCCUUGGAACUCCUCCAGAAAGCUCUCAUACUAGCCGGCAUGGUAAAUCGUCGAAAGAAGAAGCGCCGUACUCCUUUCCUCAUAACCGAAUCCCUCAUCCCCAUAUAGGCCUAUCCACAUCAAGAUGGCCUUCGGAGAAUUCGAGCCAGUCUGACGCUCUCCAGCCUUUGAUGGCGCAAGAAUUAUUCGUGCACAACAAAGGCAGAAAAAUCGCGACUGCAUCAGACAGAAUAAUGAAAGCAGUUGAAGACCUCAGCGACCGGGUGACUUCUGUUCAACAAGAUGUUGCCAUGUUGAAAAGUGAUAACCGUUACAAUCGAGACCGGUUACACGAUCUGCAGCUUGGUCAAAAACUUCUGCCUAUAAGGGAUGAAAUUGCAGAUGAAAUCAUGAAUACCUUGACACCUGUCAUGCAAGAUAUCUACCAAUCCAGUACUAGUACUCAUUGCCUGGAUAAUGCCAAUAGAUCUAUCGCCCAAGAUCUAACAGAGACAUUCUUCCCACGACUCGAAGCGAUGAUCUGCGGGUUGGAAAAGACGAUACAGGAAUCCAAAAGGGAUGUCGAUAUGAACUUAGAACGUUCAAACAACCUAUCGGAGCAAAUUAACUGUAUGUCGGACGUCAUCAAAAAACUGGACGACUCUCUAGAAAACAGUUCGCGAAUUUUCAAUGAUUGCAAAGAGUCUUUUGAUCGAUUUGAACGAUUAAUAAUUGGGACCAAUAUGAACCCGAACGUCCAUUUUGUCCAAAAUAAUUUGCAAGAGUCGGAGCUUCAUGUCAAAGUUAACCAAUUAUCAAGUCCAUCCCCGCCAUCUGAACAUGUGGAGCUAAACAAGCAUGUCACUCAUUUGGUGGCAAGCAGCGCCAGCAUUACAAGAGUUUUCGACUUGCUUAGAGUCAUUCUGUCCAACCAAACGCAUCUCAAAAUGUUGGUCCAGCAUUUGCUGAGUACACGCAGCUCGAACAAGUUGCAGAAUCUGCCAUAUCAGCAUGACCCUCUGUGGUCCAUAAGUCAGCAUCUUAGCCUUGAUUAUCUAAGUAAAGCUUUCCCCAACGAGGCUUCCCAAGACCACACGACCUCCGCCGCACAACUGUUCCCUACCACACCAUCUGGCACCAUGCCGUCAAACUCGCCGGAUGAUCCCUCUUUGACAGGUAGCGAUCUUACCGACAUCUUCGGUUCAAAGUCAUACAUCCCAGGCUCUGUCAGCUUUCCCUGCAGUACUUUUCUAGAGGAAGUAACAUCCUUAAAUUCACAUUCUAGGUCCACGGCGAUGAAUCAGAAUAAACCUUCCUCAAAUCCUAGCGUCGCUGCUACCGCCUCUUCAAGAGCUUGUUCAGCUUCCACAGCAGAAUCUACAACAAAAAGAUGUUGCAAAGAGGGCAAGUUUCAAAGGAAUAAAUCAAAGCCUAUCACUGGUUCUGCCCUCACCAGUACUUUGAAGCGUCCCACUACCCGUUCGACCCACAAAGCAAUCCCCCGUACGCCACCAGCAAUUGGUACUACCAAAUCACUUAUCAAUGCUCAAACUCAUCGUCGAAGUUCUAAGAAGGCCAGUCACUUGUCCUCAUCUGAUGUUCAGUCCUCUGUUAUUCCUGACUGUAAAGGGCCGGUGCUACAGCCCUUUGGACCGACAGAGCGAGAUAUAGCAGUUCCAGUUCUCACAGAAGCCAGGGUCUCAAAGGGGAAAAAGAGGACUUGGGACUUUUCUUCGGAUGAGGAAGCUGAGGACACAUAAAGAACUUGGACAGGUCGGCAUCACGGGAUAAUGCUGGAAAAAUAGCAGAAACUGUAUAUCUCACCUGUUACGUACUGGAACGGGAGUAGCGAAGUCCAUCUAUUAAAUGUGUUCUACUUUGUAAACAAACUCUUUCACCCAUCUGUAUUUUUUUUAUUGGACUGAAUGCUUACCUCUCGCGAGUCUUCGGGCUUCCACACCGGCACCAUUACAUGCAUUCCAGACGGAUCAAAAUCGAUAAAGUGCUACAGUGACAGAUCUUACUUUCUAGUUUGAUCUCUAUUAUAUGAAGCCCACUCUCGCAUCUUCUUUACAUCUCUAUACAGUAUUCCCUUACGAUGGUGGAGUGGCACCAGCCUUCUCGCCGGAAGGAGUAGUCACCCUAGUCUGCUCGCCGCUCUCAGCGGUGCCCCCUGAAGGUCUGCGACUACCAUCAGGAUAGUAGUUGGGGUCAUCCUGAGGGUGCUUGGGAGGGAGGGAGGUGUCAGGGGCACCGGCAUUAAUAGGAGCGCCAUAGGCAGAGGGGUUUUCAGUGUCGGCGGCACCGCCAUGGAUGUCAUACCGAGUAGGACGACGCUCGCUAUUUCUCAGGUUAGCCGGCAAUCGAUGACCGAUGAACUCAACAUACGUAAGAUGAGCAUGAGCAAAGAUAACAUCGAGCUCUUCCAAAGUUCGUCCAGUAGUCUCUGUAAUGAC